AUGUCCGGGUGUCCCUGGCUGAAGUACGGCGGUCUACCCAGAGGGCCGUUCCGGGACAGCUGCCGGUACUGUUCCGUGACCCGGACCUGCAUCCUGAAAUGUCUGUGCCGGGAAAGCAGCAGGGGCUCCUACUUGACAACCCGACUACAGCUGUCCGGUUGCCCUCAGGGCCUUCACGUCAAGCCAUCGAACCGGGACGGGGUGCUUUUCUGUGAUACGGCAAAUGAUGAAAAUUCUGAGGGUGAUGCUUUUCAAGAGGAUAAAACUGAGCCCAAGAUCUACGGCGACUUUUCCAGCGAGCUCGAGUCCCCAUUUGCAGCCGCCGCAGCAGCACCACCAGCAGUAGCAAGCACCAAUUACGACUGCGUCGUUCGUGGUGGCAAUGCCUCGUGUGACGUCAACACCGCAGCCUUCAUGCAACGUCAUUUCAGCCAGCUCGAAGACUUGAUUAGCUUCCUGUCUACCAUGCAUGGCUGCAUGGCGGGGGGCGCGCAAUUAGACUUCCAUUGGCGGGCUUUGGACACCACUAUUACCACUUCUGGGCGUGCAGCAGCUACUGCGGCUGCUGACGGAUUUCCCCUCACGGCCGCCUCCUCUGUCGACGUAAACAUGAGCUUUGCACCUGCCCUCAAUUUUCUGGUUAAACAGCUUUUCAAUUCUAGUAACAGCAGUGUCCGCAUUGAUGAGCUAACACUGGGUUCUUCAUCUCGACAACAACAGCAACAACAGCAGCAGCAGCAGCAGGAUGAGGAGAAGCUAUAUGACUGUCCCGUAGGGUGCGGGCUUACGGAGGUUGUGAUGCUGUACGGGGGGGACAAGGUGCAGCUUCUUGUCGAUGGGCGAGCCUCUACAAUAAUGACGAGCUUAAAGGAAAGCUUUUGCAGAUCGACCCAGGGCAUGAAGGAGCUACAUGACAUGGUCGCCAUGGUGAAGACGUUGUCGAAGGUUGGGGCGGGCAAAGCGCUCACCGUUAAGGAGCGGUCCAUAAUGAUGAACGAGUCAUCCCGGUUUGUCGACCAGCUGCAGGACUGCUCCUUCAGACUUAAGGGGUGCUUCUUUCUGAGCAGAAAGGCCACCCCGGAAACAUUGGUUAGGUCAUGGCUUGUAGGCGAUGUCCCUGGCAGGUUGCUGGCGUCGCUCAGGCAAUGGGUUGAAUCUGAUAUAAGGUUGGCAUCCUGGCUACCGUCACUCUUCACUCCCGCUAAGACCGUGUUGGAUACGAGUAAUGACAAUCCGGAGCUGCUGGAUCCUACGGUUAUGGGGGUCAGCAGCGAUGCAAAUAUUACCACUGCCAGUAUUCAGCUUCGUAAACUCCAAGAUCUCAAGGAAACCCUAGUGAACCAGGUUAUCCUGCAAUCUCAAGUCAUCGGUACCGUGGAGACCUCCUCAGACCUCUUCGCCGAGCUCCUGGUUUCAGCUGGCUUUACACGGCGGAACAAUGUGGCUUCCUUCAUCCGAACCGCCGCAACGGCAGCGCAGCUCUGCGACGGGCUGUCCUCCGAUCUCGAGGCGUGCAACACGACAAUUGAUGCGCUCGCUGCUUCUCGGGACAUCGCCACACGAGUUCAAUGCAACGGCACAGAGAUUGAAGCUCUACGUGAUUGCUGUAGCGGCACCAACAGGACGGAUUUCCGCGGUCGCGGCCUCAAAGGCAGGCUGCCGGACAGCUUCAUUGCUCCGCCUGUCACUGUCUUCACCGAUAACCCUCUACUGUGUGGGGUCAUCCGCCGCCAGGACCAACAAGACACACUCUACUACCUAAGUAAUUCCAACGUGCGACUCUCGCUCAUGCUGCUGCCAGAAACUGACAAGGAUUUUGUGCUGAAGCAGGUAUAUGGACCCUUAGGGUACGAUGUCAUGUCGUACAACCUUCAGGGUCCGGUGCGCAAUGGCGAUGCAGUGAAAGUCUGCACUCUGUUGGAACGUGGCAAUGUUCGAAGCGUUGUACUGGCCAGCGGAGAGUGCCGGGUCCUCACAGCGAAUGCGGAGAGCUGUUUACAGGGCCAGGACUUCCAACUGGGGUUGUUUGCAUCCGCCUUGCGUGUGGACGAGUACAACAGCUUUAUUCGGAGCUACGACCAAGGGUUAUUGUGUGGGGAAGAGGGCAGAGCUUAUCGUGUUCGUGUCGCAUCUGUGGUUUGGGGCAUCGGUGUUGGGGCGACCUUGGGCUUGUAUGUGCUGUAUACGCUGGUUUAUGAAGUCCUGCUGGUCAGGUUUACUGGCAGCAGGAGUCGGCGUUUUUCAAAAAAGUGGCUGAAAGCCGUUACCAGCCUAGUGCGCCUAUCCCUGAUUCUUUAUGAUGAAGUGUCAGACUGGUUGUUUGCUUCUAGUGUGUCCUCGUACGGCAACAUCCGAGCAAUCAUCAUUGUCGGGUGGCUUCACGUUGCCAAAAAUGUCAUCAUCGUGCUUUUUUCCGUAUUUCUGAUCAGUCGGUCAGGGUGGUUACAGACACGACGGCGUUCCUCCGUCAAGAUUGUGUCCCGGCUAGUGGUGGUGUUCCUCAUCACCCAGCAAGUGACCGGCUUGGCUGUGUGCAUCAAGGUCACGUCGAAUAUGGAGAAGCUCAACUUGCUCUCCACCAAUGCGUUUGUGGAAGGUUUGGCGCUCCAGCUUCGGGACAUGUUCCUCUUAACCUCAAUUUGUGGCAUUGCUGCCAACAUCAUCCUUCACAUUACCCAUGGCGUUCGAGAGCUCUUUGGCAAUCUACUGCUACCAGAUGUUGGGUCGAAUAAUAAUGAUGGAUCCAGCCCGGCACCAGCCGCUCGGUCUGCUCGGCCAAGUGCAAGAUGGGUAUUCCCAAUGCUGCAGAAGCGCCAAAGCUCGUACCUUGCACCACCGCCAUACCCCCAACUGGCCCCAGCACCCUCAGCUUGCGUGGGGACGAGCUUUACCAUGGUGAACAUCCACAACAAUACUUUUAACAACAUUGUCGAAGAUAUCGAUGACAACAGUGAUGAUGAUCAGACCAUGAUCAGACCAUGGGGAAACCAAACAACAAACCAUCCUGGCGGCGACGUUCGACAGCAACCAGCUCUCCUAGGUACCGUUGCCUCUGCGGUUGCCGAAGCCAUGAUGGAGCCGGUACAAGAACAUGACGGUACAGCUGUUGGCGGCGGCAUAAUGCCAUCGUCUCCGUUCCGUAAUGGCGGCAUGAUGGCUGUCGUCCACAGCAGGCCGAGCAGCGAUCAAGCCGCCUUGGCCAAGGCAACUACAACUACUACAACAACAACUACCACUACUACUAUUGGAGCUAGUUACCACGCGCCUAUAAUGCUGGAAGUCCUGUUUGAGAGCAUAGCGCAGAGCUGCUCCCAGACCAUCAUGUGGACAGAUGGCGCAGCAUUGGCGGAAUCCCGCGUGUUCAUUCUUAGUGCCGUGGCCUCUGCUAUGUCUAUUACAUGGAACGCGUGUGACUGGCUGGCGACCCUGUUCAAGUCCUGGCGGCAGCAACGGCGCUCUUCUCUGCUGAUGGCUGCUGCUGCAGCUGCUGGUGUCCAAUCCUGA